AUGGCUGCAGAGAACACGAAAUUGAAUAAAAUGCCCUCGAAGGCCAGUGCUCCACCUCAUUAUGAGUGCCUCGGCGUAGACCCAUCCAUCAACGCUGUGGACUUGGCGCGCCACUACAAGAAGCUGUCAUUGCAACUACAUCCAGACCGGGCAGCCUAUCGUAAUGACACUGACAACGAAAUGCACGUGCGGGCUCGCUAUCAGCGCAUUACGGAGGCCUACGCGGUUCUGUCUGACCCGGAGAAGCGCAGCGCGUACGAUGCACGGCACGGGGUAAACUUUCGAUCGCGUCUGGUGCACUUGCAGACAGCCAUUGGUCAGCACAACACCAUGGCGAUGCAGCGCACCGCAAAAGUCCAAAAGACGGCCGGCCUGGCCUCUUCCUCCUCUUCCUUGACUCACCCAUGUGCCACGCGACACCCGUCUGCUGCCCCGCAAAAAAAUGCUGCAGAAGACAGCGAUGACGAUGAAGACUACGCCCCAAACGAGGUCUCGGUCCCGUCACGUGGUGCACGGCAUCAGGGCAGCUCAAACGUCUCUCCGAGCGAAGGCAGCAGCUAUGAAGAAGGCGACUGUGUCGCUCGUCUAUUUAGCUUGCAUCUACGCAGAGGUGCUGAGGCGGCGCCGCAGACCUGUAACGGGGUUCCAGUAACGCAGUACCAGGCCCUCACGCUUACCCGUGCUUUCAGCUCAUCGGGAUCGCCCUACGCCCGCACGUGGGGUUUAAUCGUUGAGAAGAACGAACUCGUGGGCCUUGAAGACGAAUACCCGGAGGAACUGGAGAGCAUCACAGGCCUCGCUGCAGUCCCCUUCCCGUCUGUGGUACACCAGAUUGACGGCACAGUAGUGCUACCGACGACAGACUUGCCCCUCCUGCUAUCUCGCCUCUACGACGCAGAGUGCGCGCGGAGGUCAGCGGCUAGCGCCGCCACGAGCCACACUGCCCCAACCAGCAACAACACACACUUUUGCGAGAGUGAAAAGCUCUGUGAAACACCGGUGGAGGCCACCACUGCCUCUUUACCGUCCUCCUCGACAGAACACCUUCACUUGGUCUUGGCAUACAGCACCGUGGCGUACGACCUCGUCGGGGAGGUACACCUGCUGGGUGAUGACGACGUGAUUGACCGGUUGGUGCCGUCGUGCUGCGGUGUACCGCAACUCCGAUUACUCAUGCCGGAUGCAACUGUGCUGUCUGUGAACGGCACGCAAGUUCGCUCCGCCACAGAGUUGCGCACAGCUCUGCGUGCGGCAGUGCUCGAUGAUGAGGACGAGGACGCCAUGCAGGCAGUGAAGCGAGCGCGCACGUCGCGCGCUGUCGUUGUGGAAUUUUGUCAGCUCCCGUUUCUAUGA